AUGUGCUGUUGCAAACUGCAUUGCCCAAGGAAUUCCGGGCUUAUGAUCCAGCUAAAGAAACUAUCAGCUCUCAAGGUUUUCAAGACUACAUUUCCAUGUGGAUUCGCUUUGGAGAUCCUUCACGUAUAUUCAAGGCUGCCGGUGAUAGUAUACAAGUUCAGGCAUUGGGGUUUCAUGGAAGGUCCUUUUAAAGGAAAUUCCCCAACUAGAGAAAUGGUUGAAUUUUCUGGGAUCGGCAUUUUUGAGGUGCAGUUCUUCUACGACCCUGGACAACUACUUGAAGGCCUUCUGAAGGAAAAACCAUCAGAUGAAUAUAAGAUUAAGGCACUUUCUACCUGCCCAUUUUUGCUACAGCAGAGUAACUUAGACAAAUGA